ACGUUCGUUCGCGAGACGUGUCAUGUGACCCGAUCCUCUAUUUAUGCAAACAUCACCGAUCACUCGGGCCCCACAGUCUCGUGGCAAACAAUAACAAACAACAUACGUCGUCACUCCGACCGAUUUCUCGUCCGAUUUCUCGCGCGUUUCCCCUGAGUCGUGUGCUCGCGUACAACGCGACGUCCUUCUGUGGCUGCUCGGGCGAUCGUAAGCGCGCUCGGUUACGAUUGCGGAUUCUUGUCGUGCGGAGGCUCGCGGUGUGAGAGCCCUGCCGUGUCGUUUCGAGUCGAUUCGAGUUGAAUCGAAUCGAGUCUAUUCGACGACUCGGUGGGGAAGAAGAGUGAAAUUCAGCCUGGUCUUGCCGCGUGAUGCUGUCAACCGCGGAAAAUGCCUGCUAACGAGAGACGCGCGUUGCGUGCGUGCUGUGUGCACGCGUGGACCAAUAUGUAAUAUCCGACGUGUGUACACUGCCGUUCUCCCCGAGUUGAGUGAGUCAGUUUUCAGCGUUCCAGGUUUACCAGGCGAGCUAGAAUAGCUUACGUUCCCUCGUGGUCGUGUGUACGCGAGGCGUCCGUGAAUCGAUCGUGCGACACGAGGUGAGGACGAGUCAAAAUCGAGCGGCGACUCGAGGCAGCUCGCAAACGAGACGAUAAGCCGCGCGCGCGUUUCCUCUCUGUCUCUUUCUCUCUCUCCUCCUCUUGUUAUCACCUCGUGGACGUUGUCCACUCGUAAUCGUGCUGUCACGGGAAUAGAAUAAGCGCGAUCCAUCUCGGUAUCCUUUCCGGAUACAUUCAUCGCUCGAAGAGAAAUCGGAGAUCGAGUUUGGGACAAUAUCGAUUUAUCUAGCGAACUUUUGUGCAUCAUAGAGGAGCAAUCUCCAAACGUGUAAUCAUAGCGCGCACGGACGCGCUCGUGGCUGAUGGACGACUUCAAGUUCAACGACUUCUCCUUAGCCAGCACGAUGGAUAGCAUAGUAAAACAAGAACCCGUUCAGGAAAUGAAUUCAGCUUCGGCAUCUGUGCCGAUACCAGGGGGACACAGAGGCAUCACGCGAGGAGCAUACGAUCAGUUCUCGCCAUCCCCUCUAGCAAUCUCCUCUGGUUGGGAUAUAAGAGCUGAUAAUAUGGAUUAUCCCUUUAAAAUGGAUCCGGAUCAGAUGGAUAUCUCAUUUAAAAUGGACGAAGAUGAUAUAUUCCAGGUAGAUAAGGCUGAACUCAUCCAGGGACCAACUCUGGCUGAAUUAAAUGCCAAUGAUGAUACUCUAUUGGGAGAUCUAAACUUUGACGAUCUAUUGCUGCCUGAGGAAAGGGUGCCGACAAAAGGGGAAUUCUCUGCUCCAUUGACUGGCUCUCUGUUUAGUAAUAGCAUAGGAUUUGCACCUAGUAGUUUUCCUCAAUCUGGAGUUACACAUCGUAGUUGCCCUACAUAUACCAAUAUAUGUGGUUUUAAUGUAAAUAGAGGAUCGAAUGUUGUGGAUAAUGCAGAAGCUGUUAGUCCUACUGCGUUUCCUAGUCCUGGCACUAGUAAUAUUGCAGGUAGUUCAACAGCAAGCUCAUCGACUUCGCCACAUCCCGUGGCUCGGCCCAUUGGUACAUCCACUUUACACGAGCUACUUAUGAAAAGAGGUGAUAAUCCAUUUAAUAAUCCAGUAUCCAAUCAGGCGGAUAAUGUCUCUACAAUAGGCAGUAAACCUAAAGUAUCGAGACUUUCUAUGUCUGCUCCAACGCAGACAAUGGGACAUUUGGAUCAAAUCUGGGCCCACAGGGAACCACGACAACAUCUUUUGAGUACCGGUAGCUUAGUAGAGGCAGGAUCGACCAGUAGUCUGAGCACUGGAGGUGCGCUAAGUCCUGAUCCACUCUGUAUCGAUCCUUUGAGCCAUGAUGAAGGUUAUGAAGAUAGUGAUGAUGAUAGUGACCAUUAUGAUGACUACAGCAGUGAUAAUGAUAGUGGAAGUGAUGGAGAGGAUCAGAGCAAUAACAGAGUAGGAACAGGAACCACAGAAUUAAAAGAAAAUAGGCAUAGUAAGAAAGAAAGAUUCUUCUGGCAAUACAACGUUCAAGCGAAGGGACCAAAAGGACAACGAUUGAUCGCUCGAGCGCGUUUGGAGGACCCACAUGUCUUAAAUGAAGCGACUGAUCCAGUAUUUAGUCCUCAUUGUGCCCUCAGAGGAAUUAAACAUAGUGGAAAAGCACGAAAAGGCGAUGGAAACGAUCUUACACCCAAUCCUCGCAAGCUUCAUAAUAUUGGACGAGAAUUAGAUAAAUUAAAUCGCAUUAUAAAUGAUAUGACACCUGUUUCAGAAUUACCUUUUCCAGCAAGACCGAAAACACGUAAAGAAAAAAAUAAACUAGCUUCACGCGCAUGUCGUUUAAAGAAAAAAGCUCAACACGAAGCUAACAAGAUAAAACUGCAUGGACUCGAAGCAGAACACAGACGUCUUAUACAAGGUAUAUCACAGGCUAAGCAUACGCUCGCUGCUAAAUUAGCUGAAUCCAAUCCCGAGACGCAAGAAGAGCUCACACGACAAAUGGAGAAAUGUUGCAAGUUGGCUACUAAAAUGCGAAUAGCAAAUCAUUCAACAGAAUUUGUGAACAAGGUAUUGGACAACGUUAGAGCCGGUAUUCCCGAUGGCGGCAUUGAUAAUUUUUAAUGCAAUAGCGAAAAUUUGUUUUCCUAUAAAGUUUACGUCGUGUAUACAUCUUACGUGUAUAUAUCUUUAGAAAAACAUGCUAUGUCUCUAGAUAUAUAGAAUAAUGUUGCUUUUUAUCUUAAAGUUGCUGAAUGCUUCAGAAGGCAGACUUACAGUUAACUUAUUGGUUAAUGAAUAAUUAACAAAUAUAUAUAUAUAUGUUAUUUCAGAAAAUGUUAACCGAUAUAAAUGAGAAACGAAACCUUGA